CAUCCUUUUGGUCCACCAGCCAGUGUUGCUGGUAGAUAAAAAAAACAACGUUUUUCACUUGGGACUCUUUUUUUUUACCGACAUUUUUGGUUGGUUGUUGGCGCUUAUUUCAUGCACUGCUCGAGAGUCCAUACAUACUCAAGUUGUCCCAGGCCGUCUUGCACAGAGGUGGAUGGUGAUGAAAACAAGCUUUUGUUUUGAUAUGACGUAUGUAAAGCCUGGACACCCACAAUGCAUCACGGCGCGCGAAACUCAAGAUAGGUAAAUAAUUAUUGCACCGCUAGCUAGCAUUAGUUAGUUAGCGAUAGCUUAUAGCUCACGGAAUAAAGAAAAUGAGCAAAAAAGACAACGGAGGUUUAACAGUCAUAUUUGCUUACCUGAACGAGAAGAACCGUCCUUACAGUGCCCAAGAUGUCUUUAACAAUUUACAGAAGCAGCACGGCCUGGGAAAGACGGCUGUGGUUAAAGCCAUGGAACAGUUGGCACUGGAAGGGAAGAUCAAAGAGAAAACCUAUGGGAAGCAAAAGAUCUACUUUGCUGAUCAGGCCCAGUUUGCAGAGGUGAGUGAGGCAGAUCUGAAGGCCAUCGACAGUCGCAUCUCUGACCUCAGCACACAGGUGCAGGCUAUCUCUCAGGGCUGCAGACAGCUGGACGCAGAGCUGAAGGAGCUCAACAGCUCCCUGACCACAGAGGAAAUGAUGUCAGAGAUCCAGGAGCUGGAAGAAGGGUGUUCUGGUUACAGGGAGCGCCUGGAGAAGAUCAAGUCAGCGACCAAUCAUGUCACACCAGAGCAGAAGGAGAUGGUUUACAAGGAGAGACAUCUCUACGUGAAAGAGUGGAAGAAGAGGAAGAGACUGGCAUCUGACAUGAUGGGUUCUAUUUUGGAGGGAUACCCCAAGACCAAGAAGCAAUUUCUGGAAGAAGUUGGUGUGGAGACUGAUGAGGACUGUAAAGUGACUUUGCCAAGUACCUGACAGAAUGUUAGAGGAUCUUUGUUUACUUUUGAC